AGUCGAGUAUCGGGCCAGCCUCCAGUGGAGUGAUCAGUCAACGGUUUAUAGCGGGGCAAAGGUCAUGGAUGCGAGGGACUUUCGGGAAACUAAUAAAGAAAUCCGACAUACUUCAUCUCUGAGGGCGGCGCUGUCGGCGUGUCCCGGCGGCGCCGGCUGGGUGGAAACGGCCGCCGGCGUCUGCCAUCUGUCGCUGACACAGACCUUCCCGCCGAUGACGGCCGAUGACGCCCUGGUGCUCUGCGGCGACUUCGAGCCGGCCGCCACGCUGCCCGAGAUCUACAGCUAUAGGGAUGAGCUGACGCUCGAAGAGCUCUCCGGCGGCGCCGACAGCGUAUGGCUCGGCCUGUGGCGGUUCUCCAACAACACAGACUUCCUGUGGCCCUCGGGAGACCCGGUCACGUACACCAACUGGGCCGCGGGCGAGCCUGCCUUCGGGGACGACGAGUGCGUCCUGAUGGAGGGGGCCGAUGGAGGGUGGAAGGUGGCCAGCUGCGCCGACAGCAGCGCCAGCGUCAUCUGCUACCUGCGCGUCUAGCUGUGUCACGGGUCUAAGGUAGCUGCAUAUGACGAUGGGCCAGGGACAUGCCCGGGAGGGAGCGGGGGUGGCGGAUGGUGGUUGGCACGAUGAUAUGCUGUUGCAGUAUUUACUGGCGAUUGUGAAUGUCCGGAGGUACGCUGUUCCAUGGAUGGACCAUGACUGUUUCAUGUGGUCCUCUAAGGUCGGGUCUAUGACCUGUAGUUCGCUGUGGAUUACUGCCGGCUAUUAUUACACAUUCCGGCCCAAUGGGGACCGCUGUCAGAUGGUAUUAUGACAACUUCUACUGAUAGUGAUCUGUGACCCUUUCUAACCGCUGCAUUGUCAGCUAGCGUAUUAGGUCGCGAUCCGUUGAGGACCACUGUCAACCGCUAAACGCUGUGGCUUGCCGGUGAUUAUUGGUCGGCGCUUUCAUAGAAUUAAGUGCAUUUUUUAACAGAGGGUCGUGGCAAAACAUGUGAAAAAAUGAUGUUUUCAACGCGAGGAAUGUAAUUUAAAAUAUGAGGUCCUACGAGGCAAACGCAAUGUUUGCAGCAUUCGCAUGCCAACUGAACACAGAACAUGUCCGAUUUAAUAAAAGCAGAAUGGAUUAAAAUGGAAAGCUUGUCAACUGAAAUGAAAUGGGUGCCGGCAAUAAACAUAUUUAAUUGCAGA